GAUCAGUCUUUAUGCACGUGCUCAUAUAUAGCUCUUCUACUUGUUCUUCUAUUUGCUAUUAAAGGCUUAAUCCCGAGGAAAUAGUGAAUAACCGACUCUUUAUUUGCAGAUUCUAAAGUACAGUAAUGAGUUUAAGCUACGCUCGCGCGGAUCUGUCAAUCUACUCGGGAUUGAGCCUCACAGCAGAAGGCUCGAAAAGAAGAACUACUAAUAUCGUAUGAGGUGUUGCUGCAGCCGUAUCAUCCGAGCCAACGAACCGAUCUCUGAUCUAAGCGCAUCGUACAGAGAAGGAAUUGAGAGACGCCAUGCUCAACACGACGAGGCAAACCUUCCGACCACAGCAACGAUGAAAGCCCUCAACCAAGAAAACGAGGCAAUCAGUAAAGGCGAAAAAACGAACGAUGACGAGGUGAGUCCUCUCAUCGACGUAAUGAACGCGGCGUUGCCCCAGAAUUACCAACAGGAAAAAAGCCGGGCCGUCGACGAAUGCAUCGCGGAAGAUUUCCUGAAAAUGUCGAUCGCGGAUCGCAACAGUGUGGCCGAUGAAAUCGCGGGAAAGUCUUGUAUGGCACGCGAGGAAACGCCCGAAAUGCUGGCAGCUUCCCUCGCGAGACUAGACGUCGAGCUCAAUGCGAUCCCCCUUAAAAAGAAGAUCGGUUACCUGCAGAGCCAGAAGUUUUCCAAAACCUACAUCAAUGAUUGCAACUUCCGGCUGCGAUUUUUGCGGGCUGAACUGUUUGAAGCGCGGGAGGCGGCCGUCCGAUUGGCGAAGUACUGCGACUUUGUCCUCGAAUUGUUUGGGAGCGUCGCUUUGCAACGGAAGAUCUGGUUGAGCGACUUUGACAGAAAAGAAAUCAAGUGGAUUCAGAUGGGAUACAUUCAGAUGUUGCCGUUUCGAGACAGUUUUGGCCGGCGAGUUAUUCUGCAAAUCAUAGACGCGAGUGUUCUGCGCGAGAAGCGUGUCAGGGUGAGUAACAACGUCAACUAACACUUAGGAGCAUCGACAAAAGCACCAAGCCAAAAUCAGCU